GGCUGGGGGCGGAGGGGCCGGGCAGUCCGGCGCUUUAUCUUCGUCUGCCGGCCGUGGGCCCCUGCGGUGCCUUCGGGAGCUGACCUUCCUGCCGGCCUCACGGCGACGCCUUCCCAGCUGUGCCCUCCCUGCCGAGGUCCCCGCGGCCGGGCUCGGGCCCCAGAUAACACAAUGGUGGGUAAAGAGAUAUCUCUAAGAAAUCGGCUGUCAAAGUCCAGCGAAAAUCCUGGAGAGGAGGAAGAUGAGGGAAGCCCUGCGAAGGAACCCCUGGAGACGCCUAGUGAUGGUCGGGUUGACAUAAAACAAUUGAUGGCAAAGAAGAGACAGUUGACAGUAGAGGCAGAGGAGUUGAAGCCAUUUUUUAUGAAGGAAGUCGGUACUCACUUUGAUGAUUUCGUGACCAAUCUCAUUGAAAAAUCAGCAUCAUUAGACAAUGGUGGUUGUGCUCUCACGACCUUUUCUGUUCUCGAAGGAGAGAAAAACCAUAGAGCUAAAGAUCUGAGAGCACCUCCAGAACACGGAAAGAUUUUUGUCAUCAGCCACCUCUCUGCUGAUGAGCUGUUCGAGGUGGACCACAUCAGGACAAUAUAUCACAUGUUUAUUGCGCUCCUCAUCAUCUUUAUUCUCAGCACACUUGUAGUAGAUUACAUUGAUGAAGGAAGGCUGGUGCUUGAGUUCAGCAUCAUAUCUUACGCUUUUGGCAAAUUUUCCAUUGUCAUAUGGACAUGGUGGGCCAUGUUCUUGAGUACACUUGUAUUUCCCUAUUUCCUCUUUCAACAAUGGGCCAGAAGCUACAGCAAGAGUUCUUAUCCAGUGAUGUAUUCUUUCUUCUAUUGCUUGCUUUUCAUGGUCUUCCAGAUUGGAGUUCUAGGUUUUGGACCAGCAUAUGCUAUUUUAGCGUAUACAUUGCCACCAGCUUCCCGGAGCGUUAUUAUAUUAGAACAGAUCCGUUUAAUAAUGAAGGUCCAUUCAUUUGUCAGAGAGAAUGUGCCUCGGGUACUAAAUUCAGCUAAGGAGAAAUCACGCACUGUCCCAGUACCUACAGUCAACCAGUACUUGUACUUCUUGUUUGCCCCCACCCUCAUCUACCGCGACAGCUAUCCCAGGACUCCCACUGUACGAUGGGGUUAUGUUGCUAUGCAGUUUGCACAGGUUUUCGGGUGCUUAUUUUAUGUGUACUACAUCUUUGAAAGGCUCUGCGUCCCCCUGUUUCGGAAUAUCAAACAGGAACCCUUCAGCGCACGAGUUCUGGUCCUGUGUGUUUUUAACUCCAUCUUGCCAGGUGUGCUGAUUCUGUUCCUUGUCUUUUUUGCCUUUUUGCACUGUUGGCUCAAUGCAUUUGCUGAGAUGUUACGCUUUGGUGACAGGAUGUUUUAUAAGGAUUGGUGGAACUCCACAUCAUACUCCAACUAUUACAGGACGUGGAACGUGGUGGUUCAUGACUGGCUAUAUUACUAUGCUUAUAAGGACUUUCUGUGGUUUUUCACUAAGAGAUUCAGACCGGCUGCCAUGUUGGCUGUCUUUGCUGUGUCUGCCGUAGUGCAUGAAUAUGCCUUGGCUCUGUCCUUGAGCUUUUUCUAUCCAGUGCUCUUCGUGCUCUUCAUGUUCUUUGGAAUGGCUUUUAACUUCAUUGUCAAUGAUAGUCGGAAAAGGCCAAUUUGGAACGUUAUGAUGUGGACUUCCCUUUUCGCGGGCAAUGGAGUCAUCCUAUGCUUUUAUUCUCAAGAGUGGUAUGCGCGGCAGCACUGUCCUCUGAAAAAUCCCACAUUUCUGGAUUAUAUCCGGCCACGUUCCUGGACUUGCCGUUACGUGUUUUAGAAGCUCGAACUUUGUUUCCUUCUUUGACACUGAAGAUUGGGUAUUCUGCUUGAUGUGAGGCCAACAUCUGUUUCCAGCUGUUACUGAAGUUAUCUGUGCUAUUUGGACCACUCCAUUCUUUACAGAUGACUUACUCCAUUCCGAGGCCACCUGAAGCUGAGCUUUUGGAAGUUUAUUGGAGCCUUAUGUACUUAAGCAGACUUUUUUUCCUUUUUGGAAGAAGUGGGUCUUAUAGCUAAUGUAAUGACAGAUUUUGCUGGGUCAUACUGGCUUAAACCUCAGAAAUUAUAUGUUUUGUUUCUUUAUCUAAUUGGAGACUAAACAUCGUGUUUUCUUGGCCACUGAAUUAGCCAAAAACACUUAUGAAGAAGUAAUUUAAAUA